UUGGAGGAACCUUUUCCGCUGAGCCGAAAGACUGGAGGUUCUCCUGGCGGAGAUUACACCUGGCGAACCUCAGGUCGCCCUUCCUGAAUGCAGGAGCUGAACGCAGCAGGUGUGUUGAUGCUACAUCUAUCCAAUGGCAAGAAUGGAGACCCACCAUCAGUUCAAGACAAAGAGUUGGUUCUUCUUCAUCUUCAUAGCAGUCACAGCUCAAUUCCGCAGUCAUGCCCAGGGUCAAGUGGCCCCACCGUCAAGAUUAAGAUAUACUGUUGUUAAUCAUGACAGUAUUCAGAUUUCAUGGAAAGCCCCUAAAGGGCAAAUUGAUGGAUAUAAACUCCUCGUCACUCCAAAUGCAGGUGGAAAAACCAAUGAGCUCACUCUUCAAAAUAAUGCAAACAAAGCAAUUAUUCAAGGUCUUAUUCCUGAUCAAAGUUAUAUGGUUCAGAUAGUUGCAUUUGCUAAGGACCAAGAAAGCAAACCAGCUCAAGGCCAGUUCCGAAUUAAAGAUCUUGAGAAAAAGAAGGAUACAUCAGGCAAACCCAAAGUCAAAGAUGUAGGUAAAUGGAAACCCCCUGUCCCAACAGAAGAUUCAGAAAGUACAGCAACUCCGCACGUACCAGAAAACCAAUUUAGGUGCAAAACUCCAGCCAUCGCAGACAUAGUGAUCCUAGUUGAUGGCUCCUGGAGCAUUGGCAGAUACAACUUCAGGCUGGUGCGUCUUUUCCUGGAGAAUCUGGUGGCUGCAUUCGAUGUGGGUUCUGAAAAGACAAGAAUAGGCCUUGCACAAUACAGUGGUGACCCACGGAUAGAAUGGCAUUUGAAUACUUAUGGCACAAAAGAUGCUGUUUUGGAUGCAGUGCGUAACCUGCCCUAUAAGGGUGGAAACACCUUAACAGGCCUUGCCUUGACCUUUAUUUUGGAAAACAACUUCAAGGCUGAAUCAGGUGCAAGACCUGGGAUCCCCAAAAUUGGAAUAUUGAUCACAGAUGGGAAAUCCCAAGAUGAUGUCAUCCCACCUGCAAAAAAUCUGAAAGAUGCUGGCAUUGAACUGUUUGCUAUUGGUGUAAAGAAUGCUGAUGAAAAUGAACUGAAGGAGAUUGCCUCUGAACCUGACAAGACUCACACAUACAAUGUUGCUGACUUUAGCUACAUGAACUCCAUUGUGGAAGAACUUACAAGGACCGUGUGUUCAAGAGUCGAAGAACAAGACAAGGAAAUCAGAGGAGCAUUGGUGGCCACACUUGGAGCUCCAACGGAUCUGGUCACAUCUGAAGUGACAGCCAGAGGGUUCCGUGUGAGUUGGACCCAUGCGCCUGGCAAAGUAGAAAAAUACCGAGUUGUCUACUAUCCCACUAGAGGUGGACAGCCAGAGGAGGUGGUGGUGGAUGGCAACGUUUCCACGGCUGUGCUGAAAAAUCUGAUGUCUAUCACUGAAUAUCAGAUAGCUGUAUUUGCCAUAUAUGUGAGCUCUGCCAGUGAAGGACUCCGGGGUACAGAAACUACACUUGCUUUGCCAAUGGCCUCCGACCUGGAGCUGUACGACGUGUCUCACAGCAGCAUGCGAGCGAAGUGGAAGGGAGUCGUGGGUGCCACUGGCUACAUGAUACUGUAUGCUCCUCUCACUGAUGGGCUAGCAGCAGAUGAAAAGGAGAUGAAAAUCGGAGAAACCUCGACCAGCAUUGAACUGGAAGGUUUGCUGCCCAAUACAGAAUACACAGUCACGGUUUACGCGAUGUUUGGUGAAGAAGCCAGUGACCCUCUUACAGGGCAAGAAACAACACUGCCUUUAAGUCCACCGCAAAAUCUGCAAUUUUCAAAUAUUGGACACAGCUCAGCUAAGAUAACUUGGGAUACUCCUUCUAAAAAAGUAAAAGGUUACCGCAUCAUGUAUGUCAAGACAGAUGGAACAGAAACCAACGAGGAAGAGGUUGGUCGUGUCUCCACCCACACCCUGAAGAGUCUCACAUCCCUCACAGAAUACACCAUCGCUAUUUUCUCCAUUUAUGAGGAAGGCCAAUCAGAUCCGCUUACAGGCAGCUUUACCACAAAAAAAGUGCCAUCACCUCAGUAUUUGGAAAUAGAUGAAGUAUCUACAGAUAGCUUCAGGGUCAGCUGGAAGCCUCCGUCUGCUGAUGUUGCCCUUUAUAGGCUGGCAUGGAUUCCACUGGGUGGGGAAGAAGCGGAAGAGAUUGUGUUAAGUGGAGAGGUGGAUACUCACCUGAUUGAAGGCUUGCUACCUAAUACAGAGUAUGAGGUGUCCUUGUUGGCCAUCUUUGAUGAUGACAGUGAAAGUGAUAUUGUUGCUGCACUUGGAACCACAAUUGAAAUGGCAACUACUGAAUUGACUACGAUAACCACUACUAGUACUACAACUUCCCGCCCUACAACAGCAGUCUUUCGAAUUGGAAUAAGAAAUCUGGCUAUUGAUGAGGAAACUACCUCAAGCUUAAGAGUAAAAUGGGACAUUUCAGAUUAUGAUGUUCGUCGGUACAGGGUGACCUACCUUGCGGCCAGCGGCGAUCGCGAUGAGGAAGUGGUAAUGGUCCCUGCGAGGCAAAACAAUGUGCUUCUUCAGUCCUUGCUUUCAGACACGGAAUAUAAAGUUAUGGUCACUCCUAUCUAUUCUGAUGGGGAAGGUGCCAGUUUGUCAGUUCCGGGAAAAACCCUGCCCCUGUUUGCUCCACAGAACCUGCGAGUCUCUGAUGAGUGGUACAACAGAUUGCGCAUCACCUGGGAUGGCCCUCCGUCACUCACAAUGGGAUACAGAAUUGUAUAUAAACCUGUGAAUGUCCCUGGGCCAGCUCUCGAAACCUUUGUGGGAGAUGAUAUCAACACGAUCCUCAUUUUGAAUUUGUUUAGUGGAACAGAGUACAGUGUUAAAGUAUUUGCUUCUUACUCAACGGGAUUUAGUGAUGCCUUAGCGGGUGUAGCCAAAACAUUGUACUUGGGCGUGACAAAUCUGGGAGCCUAUCAAGUUCGCAUGACAAGUAUGUGCGUACAGUGGCAACUGCACAGGCACGCAACUGCAUACAGGGUUGUGAUUGAAUCUCUGUAUGAUGGGACAAGUGGAGAAGUACUACUUGGUGGAGGUACAUCCAGACACUGCUUCUUUGAUCUUACUCCUGGUACAGAAUAUAAAAUCAGCAUUCAUACACAGCUUCAAGAAAUAGAAGGGCCUGCUGUUAGCAUAAUGGAGACAACAUUGCCAUUCCCGACUCAGCCACCACCGACUCCUUCAACCACCACUCCUCAACCUACAAUUCCUCCUGCAAAGGAAGUUUGCAAAGCUGCAAAGGCCGACCUUGUGUUUCUGGUGGAUGGGUCAUGGAGUAUUGGAGAUGACAAUUUCAACAAAAUAAUUGGCUUUCUGUACAGCACUGUUGGAGCACUGGAUAAGAUUGGUCCCGAAGGAACUCAAGUGGCAAUUGCUCAGUUUAGUGAUGAUGCCCGGACAGAAUUCAAACUGAAUGCUUAUAGAACGAAAGAAACUCUUCUGGAGGCCAUCCAACACAUUGCGUACAAAGGAGGAAACACCAAAACAGGCAAAGCAAUUAAGCAUGCUCAGCAGGUCUUAUUCACUAUUGAUUCUGGGACCAGGAAGGGAAUCCCAAAAGUUUUGGUAGUGAUCACAGAUGGGCGAUCACAGGAUGAUGUGAACAAAGUCUCCAGAGAGAUGCAGCUAGAUGGGUUCAGUAUAUUUGCUAUUGGAGUAGCAGAUGCCGACUAUUCAGAACUCCUUAACAUUGGCAGCAAGCCUAGCGAAAGGCAUGUCUUCUUUGUGGAUGACUUUGAUGCCUUUAAGAAGAUCGAAGAUGAAUUGAUCACUUUUGUCUGUGAAACAGCAUCAGCAACUUGUCCAUUGGUUUAUAAAGAUGGCAACAGCCUAGCAGGAUUUAAAAUGAUGGAGAUGUUUGGUUUGGUUGAAAAGGAAUUUGCAACGGUGGAAGGGGUUUCAAUGGAGCCUGGGACAUUUAAUGCCUACUCCUGUUACAGACUGCAUAAGGAUGCCCUGGUUUCUCAGCCAACCAAAUAUUUACAUCCAGAGGGGCUUCCUUCUGACUACACCAUUACCUUCCUCUUUCGUAUCCUCCCUGAAACACCUGAGGAACCAUUUGCUCUCUGGGAGAUUUUGAAUAAAGAAUAUGAGCCUCUCGUUGGAGUUAUCUUGGACAAUGGUGGGAAAACCUUGACUUUCUUCAAUUAUGAUUACAAAGGUGAAUUCCAGACAGUUACUUUUGAAGGACCUGAUAUAAAGAAAGUCUUUUAUGGAAGUUUUCAUAAGUUGCAUGUUGUAAUCAGCAAAACAACAGCCAAAGUGGUAAUUGACUGCAAACAAGUGAGCGAGAAGAUAAUCAAUGCAGCAGGAAAUAUUAGUUCUGAUGGUGUAGAAGUACUAGGAAGAAUGGUUCGAUCCAGAGGACCAAGGGACAACUCUGCACCAUUCCAGUUGCAGAUGUUUGAUAUCGUUUGUACCACUUCAUGGGCCAACAGAGAUAAAUGCUGUGAACUCCCAGCUUUGAGAGAUGAAGAAAGCUGCCCUGCCCUUCCACAUUCUUGCUCCUGUUCCGAAGUUAGCAAGGGACCUCAUGGGCCACCUGGACCACCAGGUGGUCCAGGUCUCCGAGGUCCAAAGGGUCACCGUGGCGAUGUUGGUCCAAAGGGACCAGAUGGUUCUCGUGGUGAAAUUGGAGUUCCUGGGCCCCAAGGGCCACCUGGGCCCCAGGGUCCCAGUGGACUUUCUAUCCAAGGACUUCCGGGAAUAGCUGGCGAGAAAGGAGAAAAGGGAGAAAUUGGCCGUCCUGGCUUUCAGGGAGUCCCAGGAGCAUCUGGAUCUCCAGGGCGGGAUGGAAAUCAAGGCCAAAGGGGCUUGCCAGGCAAGGAUGGGCCCACCGGACCUCAAGGACCUCCAGGACCUGUGGGAAUACCUGGGGCUCCAGGUGUGCCAGGAGUUACAGGAAAUGUUGGGCCACCAGGUGAUGCUGGGCAACCUGGACUUCCUGGACCAAAAGGCGAGCGGGGUGAACGUGGAGACCUUCAGUCCCAUGCAAUGGUGCGGGCAGUAGCACGUCAGGUGUGUGAACAGCUUAUCCAAGGUCAUCUGGCCAGAUAUAACUCAAUCUUAAAUCAGAUUCCAAGCCAGUCUGUUUCAACGCGAACUGUUCCUGGACCCCCUGGUGAACCAGGACGGCAAGGAGGACCUGGACCACAGGGAGAACAAGGAUCUCCCGGAAGGCCUGGAUUUCCAGGCAGUCCUGGCCAGCCUGGUAGACCUGGUGAAAGAGGUUUAUCAGGAGAGAAGGGAGAGCGAGGAAGCCCAGGUGUUGGAUCACAAGGCCCCCGAGGGCCUCCAGGAUCAGCAGGACCUCCGGGUGAGAGUCGGACUGGCAGCCCUGGCUCUGCAGGACCACCAGGUCCAAGAGGCCCACCUGGGCACAGUGGUGCUCCUGGGGCACAGGGUACAACAGGGCCCCCAGGUUACUGCGAUCCUUCUUCCUGUGCUGGUUAUGGAACAGGUGGCUCAUUCCCUUACAAUGGCUACCAAUAUGGAAGGUGAAAGAAACGGGUUUCUGGUAGAGUUUGGUUUUUCUUUCAUUUGGAUGAAGGUCAGAAAUGGCUACUGAACUGUCUUGGUGCUUUUUCACCAGCAACACCAAUUAUUACUGCUAAGGAAGGAAGCCUGCUGUUUUUUCUUGCGCUUUUUGCCAGAAUUAAAACACUUGACACUAAGCACAUUGCCAGACCCAUGCAAUCGCUGGUCAGGUGGAAAUCAAGAAAGGAACUGACCAAAAGUCCUUGAGGAGUUUCAGAAAUCAAUAGCACCUUGUCUUAUUUGAGACAGAACUAAGUAAACAUGUGGGACCUCUAACAAGGAGUUGUAGCCACUGCUUCUGCUCAGUGUGCCGGCCAACCAGCCACACUCCCCUCCAGGAUACUCCAAUCGUCCAAUCUUGGUUUCCUGGGUUUCUCCAAUAAUACUGCAUCAGCAUUCUGCACCCCGUUCGCAUCCUCAGUCCCAUCUUCUUUCCCUCCCUUCCUGCUUCCCCCCUUCCAAAGAGGGUUUGUACAUUUGCAACCUUGAAAAGCAGCUGCUCCCUCUCCUGCUGGGCUAAAUUUUUGGCUAAAUCAGGAUUUAGAUUUUGGCCAAACAGGGAUUGCAACUUGGAGAAUUGUGCUUGCCGCCAGUGUAUGUGACAGUAUUAUUAAGCUCAAUACUCUGAGCCAAGAAAAUCCCCAUGCAGAAGACGUCUAUCAAUGCAGCAGGUAUAGAGGGCAUCUCUGGGCUUGCACUGUGGGUAUUCACCCAAGCCCCAAAGAAAGGGCUGUGUUUUGGUAUGCAAAUUGAGAUGCACUUCUUCAGCAGGGGGCAUUGUUUGCAUGUGACCAAGCUACAGACUCUUGUGACUGGAUCAAGGCUCAGCCUUUCAGGUUGUGCUUCUGGAUAAUCCGUCAGUUUUGCAAAGACAGAAAUACAUAUUUCUAAAUUUGCAAAUGAAUGGAUUGCUUAUAUCAUGGGUCCUCAAACCAUGGCCUGCGGGCCGAAUCCAGCCCGCCAUGCCCAUUUACCUGGCCUGAUUCAGAGGUUUUGGACUCCCCAUGCCCACACCUGCCUCCGCCCACCUCUCCACGGCAGUUAGCUCACGCAGAGAUGGUUUUGGACUCACUGAGAGAUCUCUGAGCAAGCAAGCUGCCGUGCAUGCAUUCUGCUGCCUCACCGGCCCACGCCCGUGCUCACCGCCAUCUUUCAACUGCCCCCCUGUUUAAAAAGUUUGAGGACCCCUGGCUUAUAUCCUCGACCUGCUAAAUUUUAAGGCUUUGAAACUGAACUUAAAAAGGCUAUGUAAAACUUUGUUCUGCCCCAGAUAAGCGAUGACACAGGGCACAGCUCAGAAGAUUCCAAGUUACAUGUGCUUAAUGCUUACUCAAACAAUGGAAGAUGGUGGUCAGUGGGACUGGGGGACAACUACCUUUCUUUGUAUCAGGUCCAAUUGCUUUGACUUUCUUUCACUGCAGUAAAUGAGUAGUAAAAAAUAUUUUUUUCUUGGCCAGAUGGUGUCUAUUGAUUUUGAACUUCUCAAGAAUUUCCUAAGCACUCCACGUAAUGGACAAUUCUAAUCUAAGCAAUGAGCACACUUAAUACAAUAAGCUGGUGAUGGUUUCCAACUAACUGAGCUCUAAAACUGAACAAUAGCAAUAAUAAAUCUUCCCCUAUUCAGUGAUGCUUGUUUAAUUCUACAAGGCUUUGUAAGUGGAAGGUAUCUCAAGAGCUUUAUCAAUGACUCAGCUCCUAGCGAUUGCUUUAAUGCUGCUUUGCUCUUGCAUUAACUGUGUGACUCUUGGUGGGUUAAGGUGGAUAUGGAGACCCAACUGAUCAAGAUAUUCCUGUCGUGCCAUUGCCACAUAACUCCUACCAGCUCUAUGACCCUGAGGAUCUUUAUGAUGAUGAGCAAGAACCCUACCUAGUCCAUGGGUCCUAUCCGCAUCCUCAGUCUUCCUACCCAGAGCCCCAUCUUGCUCAACCAGAGUUCACACCUGUACGUGAAGAAAUGGAGGCUGAUGAGCUGAGAUCUCCCAGAAUAAGCCAUUUUACAAGUAGAAUCUCGAAAAGAAGCAUCAGCUCUCCAAUACGGAAGCGGGUGAUUAAGAAAACCUUGCAAUGAACUUUUUUCUUCUCUCUGUCUGUGCAUUAUAUACAUUAUUUUUUUCGGCUUCUGUCCAAUUGCCUAAAUGUCAUGGAAAUUGUUUACAGGCUUACAUGUUAAAGGGAAAAAUAUAUUGUACAUGACCACUUUGGCAAAACAGGAAAAAGAAGCUAAAUAUGUUGCAUGCCAGAAAUUACUAGCAUUAUAGUAAAAACUCCAAGGGACAUUUUUGUAGAUCUUAAUAGUUAUUUUAUGAGCAUGCUUUCAUGCCCAUUUCAAAGCUGUGCAUUAUCAGCUGAUAUAUUUGAAUUAAGUCAAGGAGAGAUACUUUAGUAAUAACUUCCUUUCUGAAUUUAUCUGCUUAAAUUUUGAUUGUGAGUUCCUUGCAAAGUAGCUCUACUAAAAUCAAUUGUGUUGGUUGAACUUUUUAAAAAAUCCCUUCUGAAGAAUUCUAUGAAGUGGGAUUAUCUUUCCACGGUAUUCCUAUUAAAUACCUUCUAGAAACAUGCCAGUAAUUUAUUGUGGGUCUAUUUACUACUCUGUUUUGUAUACAAAUAAACAUGCACACUUUUAUAAAUUA